CGCUGUGAUCACUUCAAAUUUCUCCUUCUCUGGAGUCUGUCGGCGGACGAGAGGGAAGAGGGAGCGGCCAGGAAGAUGGCAAUGCUCGAGUGCAUAUUCUGCCGCCUCUUCGCCUCGUACACGAGGAAGGAGAAGUGGCUUGCCUUUGAGCGCAAGUACAGCCUUGGCUGGUUGAGAGAUGAGGUGAUCGGCUGCAAUAGUGAGUUGCAGACCGCGGAGCAUUGCAGCCUGGCGCGCGUGCACCUCGACGAAGGACAGUCCAUCGACGACUCGGACGAAGGCAGAGGCCUCGCUACCUCAUCGUUCUGUCCAUCGGCGCCGACAACGACGACUUGCCAUCCUCUGAGCCUGCGACAAACGCCAACUUCCAUUCAGCACUCUGCUCUACUCGGUCCUCGCCAACUGCGACCACUUCAAGUUCUUCUUGCUCUGGAGGCCAAGUCCGGCUCGAGAGAUGGGAGAGGAAGAGGAGGAGGCCAAGUUGAUGGCCAUGUUAGAGGGAGUCUUCUACAACGCGAUGGUCAGCUUCACCAGAAAGGUGCAAUGGCAGCAGAACAUCUGCGCAUGCGGAGUGGGAGGGCUCGACGAUGGCGUGAAAGGGUGCAAUGGUGAGUGUGAAGGCUAUCGAGAAAGUGACUUGGCGUGCGUACUGAUGCUACGCCCUCCUUCCUAUUCUCGCAGGGACUUCUUGCCUCGAGAUCACCCGCAUGAGCCCACGUACGCUCCAGAAGGGAAUACAAUGAUCUCUCU